AUGGAACGCCUCACCGCGCGACAGUCUGAUCGGAAACAGGCUCGUGCUUGCUGGCACGUUGACACGCAGCCCUGCGGUCUGGAACGCCUCCUUUUUUUUCUCCACGGCUGAGAGCAGCAGCGGCAGGUAGAGCAGCUGUCAUGUGAAUCAGCUGGACGAACAAGGAAAGGGAUAAACAACAACACUAACACUUCUCAAUCAAGGUAAAGUACUGCACACAUUUCGAGAAGAGCGUGUGAUUUAGCUAAAUCUAUGCAUGCUGCUUUAGCGGACUACCACAUCGGGCGAACAUAGUAAUCGAUUAAUCAGAAAGCAGCGUGUAUUUCGUGAGUCCUGUGCAGAGUUAGCAAAGCUAUCAUCAGCUAACCUUAGCGCUAGCAACAAAAUAAGUUAAUAAGCGCUCGGUUGCCGAUCGGUCCCGUGCCGUGUGCUUCGUUGUUGCAUAUCUGUCUUUAUUUGUACCAAGAAUAUGUCUGUAAUUGAUGUGUACUUUUCAUAAAUACUGAUUCAGAUGUACCAGACAAAGUCACACAGCGUCAAAGCUAGCAUCGGCCCUGUCUGCAGCCACCUUGCAAGGGACAUUUAAACCCCAUUGAGCCCUGCAUUAAGAAGUUAGCUAGCCUGUGGAUAAGCUAGGUUAGCUUUAUAGUUGAUGUUUCCUUCUCUUUAACACAAGCGAAGUUAUCCCUGAAGCACUCGCGGUUCAGGUUAUAUACACACAUCACAUUUAUUUCAAUGAAUUUCCCUUGAGUCUGUCUUUUUUUUUCUAUAUAUAUCAUAAUGUCAGCCGUGUGAGCUAGCUAGCCGCGCUAUCUGCUCAGCCGUUACUUUGCAUCAUAACAAACGCUGGCUGGUUAGCAGACAACAAAGAUCAGCAAAGCUUCGGCUCAUGCACUCAUAUCAUCGAAAUUAUGAGCCUUUGCUUAAAGUGGUUGUAACAGGUAUUCUGGGGAUUAAUAGUUCAUACUGUAGCACACACGGUUAAAGUUAUCUAUGUGACAAAUACACGCUUUAUAUCUAAACAAAGGGUGGUGUUUUAACAGAGACUGUGAAUAAAUAAUGGAGUUGAUCUUUUUGUUUUCACAUCUCGCUUAGUCUGCUUAUGUCUAUUACAUAAUCGAGCCGCACGCCAUUGAAGUGUGUGUUUUUCAGCGUCGUGGGGUUUAUAGAGGCAGAAACCACAACAGCGUCUCCUCAUCAUGAGGCUGUGUCUUUGUCUGAGUGAUCGGGAAAGUCAGAGUUUGGAGUGGGAUGGGUGGAUGGGACAAAAAUCUGAAAAGGGUUGUGUUGUUGGCAUCAGAAAGGAUCAGAGGAUCAAAUCGACAUUUGUUGAAUCUCUUGCUCCAUCUUGUGGUAAAGUCACGAGUAACACGCGGCUGCCUCCUUGGUGCUGUUACACAACAUGUUUAAACAGCAAAUUAACAAACUCAAGACAAAGGACGUUGCAAAUUGAAACUUAAUUGAAUAACUAAGUUAACAAUUAAAUUAAAUCAACUCUCAGAAUUUAGUAAAACCACAAUGAAUAAAUGCAACAGUUCAAUUCAAUUCAACUUUAUUUAUAUAGCACUUUUCAUACAAAAGAAAAAAACAACAAUAAUGACAAAAACCCAGCCCUUCCAGCCACACACACACCCAUGGACCCACACGCACACAAAGACACACACACACCCUCACUCACCCACACAUACAUACACACACACACACAACCGCACAUAAUGUGAGACAUCACACCGAGACAUUACAUGAGGAAAGAGCUACCUUUAGGAAACACUGGAGGAGAUAAAAAUGGUAAAAAGAGUAAAACCUGCUGGACUAAAAUAAGAAAAUAAUCAUAUUAAAUGAACAAAUAAGUAAAAAGGGUAAAAGAAGUAAAAACCUGUGACGCGAAAUUAAGAGAAAGACUAAGAACAGAGAGAAUAAAUAGAAUGACGUAAAAUUAACAAGAAGAACUUUGAUUAAAAUGAACAUUUGCAACAAGAGAAAUCUAAAAUGGCAGUUAGUAAAAAGCCUGGUUAAAUAGGUGUGAAAAUAUGGAACAACUGUCCGGUAGAAAUUAGAAAAUGUAGUGCUCUGGUAAGCUUUAAGAGACUUUACAAGAAUAAUGUUAUUUCUCAAUAUUGUAGAGAAAAUAAUGUAUGCUCAUUAAUGUAAAGUGUAAAGCAUGUUCAUUACUCUAUCUGAUUUGAAGAGUUACAUAUUGAAGUGUUGAUAUUUGUAUAAAGAGAGUGUAUCUGUACAAUGUACUCAAUGUAUGGUAUAAGGGGUAGGUCUUUAUAAGCACUGCUUCUGUCGACACCCUUUCAGUCAUAUUAUACCGAAAUAGAUAAAAUCAUUCAUUCAUUCAUUCAUUACUGCAAAAGGUGAUCUUGUGCUUAACUUCUUUUGUUAUUAACAUGACUUUGAUUCUGCCAUAAACACUAAUUGAUUCAGUGAUUGCGGUUUUUGAGGAAUUAAAUUGUGGCAACAUUAAAGAUCAGUGUAAUGGUCAGUGUUUUGAUAAAAACCUGUUAAAUGAACAAUAAACCAACAGUCAGAGACAUUCAAAGAAUUUAAACAAACAAAUACUGUUUUACAAUUACUGGUUUAUUCUACUUUUGUUAAAAAAAAAUGUAAAGUUUCCAACUGUUGGUCUUUUCUUUGUUUAGUUCUCAUUUAGUUAAAAGUGAAAAAUUUCUCUAACAUGUUCUAAUUCUUGCCUUUUGUUUAUCUUGUAAAAAAAAAAAGUAAAUAGUAUUUAUUUAUUUACCACCUAAAUAUAUUUGUCCCCACACCCAUUAUUUGUCUCCAUAAGAAUUUUGAAUGUUCCAUUUAAGGAUUCUCUUGUUUAUUCAAAGGUUUGAUCCGGUGAGGCGGCAGGAUGGCGGGAGCAGAGGUGUUCACCCCUGCAAACCCCACCUGCAAGAUCAUGACGUUCAGGCCCACCAUGGAAGAGUUUAAGGACUUCAACCAGUAUCUGGUGUAUAUGGAGUCCCAGGGGGCACACCGUGCAGGCCUGGCUAAGGUGAGUUAUUCAGAGAAAAACAUGUCUGAUUUUAUAGAGUUUGAAAACUAUUUUAUAAAACUGAGUGAUGUAUUUUGCUCUAGCCACUGGGUUAAAUUUUGUUGGCCUGACUUUUGCAAAGCCUAGUCACACAACAAUUUUUUCACAAGAAUAUAUAUUACAGUUUUCUGUUCCUGUGUUAGGUUGACUGUCAGUUCCUCUUUUGUUUUUGUCUCAAAGGUGAUUCCCCCUAAAGGCUGGAAGCCCCGCCGUACGUACGACGACAUCGAUGAUCUGAUGAUUGACGCUCCCAUACAGCAGAUGGUAGCUGGACAGUCAGGGCUCUUCACUCAAUACAACAUCCAGAAGAAACCCCUCAGUGUGCAGGAGUUCAGGAGAUUGGCUAACAGUGAUAUGUGAGUAUUAUGUCAUACCUAAACUGUCUGUGGGGUUCUACUGAUCUUGUUAGAUGAAAGAGAAAGUACUUGGAUUUGACAUUCACAAAUAAAUGCUUUCAGAGAAAAGAGUUAGCUUUCGUCCUUAACACAAUUAUUCAGUCUGAUAUGAUUACAGUGAAAAAAUAAUGAGUAUGCUGUAUCUAAUAAAACUGUUUCAAAGAAAUAGAGACAUAAAUGCCAACAACAUCAAGUAAAGGUGGAUGUCAAAUAAUUAUUUUUACAGUCAACAAUAUUUAUGUACUAGUUUUCACAGCUAUAGUUUUGAUUAAUACUGGUUUGAAAUCAUUCAUAAGGGUAAGAGUGGUUCAUUUCACAUUACCAAAUGUAUUGUCUCCCUUUUCCGCAGGUACUGUACGCCUCGCUACCUGAAUUAUGAAGACUUGGAGAGGAAAUACUGGAAAAACCUCACCUUUGUCUCGCCUAUAUAUGGUGCUGAUGUCAGUGGCAGCCUUUAUGAUGAGGUGACAGACCUUUUGUUCGGUUGAUACUUUCUUCUGUUUCUGUUCCAACAUUGAAAAAAUCAGGUUUUGAAUGUUUAUUUCUGCCUCAGUUUCUUCACUCCCAAUACGAUAGCUUAAUAAAAGAUAUUGUCAUAAUUACUACUGGAAAUCAUUUGCUGACUUGGAUAUCUUCCUCCUGUCCCUAAAUCUAAUGCUAUUUGUUAUUAGCUGUUCAUUUCAAAGUAGGGAUGCUUAGAAUGACUUGACUAAAAGCAACACAUAAACACAAACAAUAGGUAUCAGAAAUCAGUUCCAUCUGGAUCACAAAGAGAUAAUUGGAUUUAGGGAUGCAUUGCCAGUCCCUGGUAUUUAUUGGUAUUUAAAGCCAUCUAACUGAUACUUUUUUUAAAAGGAUGUGGAGGAGUGGAAUAUUGGCCACCUGAACUCCAUCUUGGAUGUUAUUGAGGAGGACUGUGGUGUAUCCAUCCAGGGGGUCAACACUCCAUAUCUAUACUUUGGCAUGUGGAAGACCACCUUUUCCUGGCACACUGAAGAUAUGGACCUGUACAGUAUCAACUACCUGCACUUUGGAGAGCCCAAGUCUUGGUGAGUGAGGGGAUGAAGCUCUGGGGAUAAAGACCUCAACAAAACACUUUUAACCUCUACUAGACUUCCUGUUGUACUUGUUAGGCAGCCCUGAUUAUGUUGGUUAUGCCCACUUUUAUGUUUUUCUGGAAAUGCUGCUGCAGAUUUUUUCUGCAUAUAACAUUUACUGUGGUAAACACUGCAAAUCGAAUAGGCUAAGUCAAGUCAACUGAAAACAUUGAGGGUCCCAACCCUAAACCACCUUUUCUUCCUCUCUGUAUGAUGCUGAAAUAGAAAUAAGUCUUGUCACUGCUCAUGUAGGUUAUCCAGACAACAAACUUUCUCUCCAGUUUUAACUUUAAAACAGAGCUGUUGUUUUCAAUAAGCUGUUGUAAUAUGACGCAAAUGUAGGUUAAUACUUUCCUAUUUUCAAUCUGUUCUUUUUAUUUGCACAGAGUUGAUACCAGUCAGGGCUGCGAAAUCCAUCUUGUGCAUCCUCCAUUCAGAUGCUUUUCAUGAUUCAUUUUUAUGAAGUGUGUUUAAAUGGGGAAUCACAAACAAUUUCAUAGUUUUCAUUUGAUUGACUCUGCCAUUCUGUUCCAUAUUACCCCAGGGUUUUGUUCUCCAAGUGCUGGUCAGGGUCUGAGGAGGUGGUUAUCUGCAAUAAGGGAUGAUACUCUGAAGCAGGCAUGUCAAACUCAAUAUGGCCCGAAAUAUCAUUAUCUAUGCCCACAAAAAGAUUUUACUACUAAAGCACUCCCACCACUCAUACUACAAGUCCCAUAAUGCACUGUAACAGCUGCUGCACCUGUUAGACCUGUGCAUCACCCCCUCUUCCCGACACACAGGCCCAAUCCCAAACUGCCCCCUACACACUCGCCCUUCACUACCGAGUGUCACUAGUAAUGAAGUUACACUCACAGCUGUGGAGUGCGCCUCAUUCGAAAAUGGGAGGGUAUAAACAAGACGGGCAGGUAUGGGACGCCCUCCUCACUCCACCAGAAAACGGAACGAUUCAUCGCCAUAACAACGUAAAGACGCGUCCUGUGCAAGGUAGCGUUUGUUUUCUUAGUAAAUGGACAUCAUGUACAGUUGUGAGCCGCACCGGCUGCCUGGUUUCUUUAUCCUCCCAGUAAAAUCAUAAAUCCAGCAACCAUCACAGUGACAGGAGCUAAUUUAUACUUCUGAUCAUUAGUGAUUCCUCACAUCUGUAAACCCCUUUACUAUUUGACAUGUGCAUGCACAAUCAAAUCAAACCUCAGCACAGAGGAAGAUUUCCGACAUCCGUUUGGUCUUUCCAAACCACGUCUUUUGUGAUUUUUUUUGUCAGGAAGACAAAGGUGGACACAUACGGAACUUAUUUUUGUGUGUUGUUUCCUCCUCCUCCAUUUAUGCCGGCGCACUACCUGCAAAUCCUGUCGUGAGUGUGCAUCGGUGCAGACUCGCUAUUGAAGGGCUGAACGGUCCACUCGCCCUCCCCACUCUGUGGUUUGGGAAGGCCUUAAAUAUGGCGGAGCCUUUGUGAGGACGUGCAAAUGGAGGGAGAGUGUAUAGGGCGAGUGUGUAGGGGGCGGUUUGGGAUUGGGCCACAGAUAGUUAGUCACUUGAUGAAUACAAUGUCCAGUGCUUUUAUGGUGACUUUUAAGUAGACUCUGAGAACAGGGACUUUUAAAGUAGGUGGGGGCCAGAAUACCUGCUCACUGACAUCGGAGGUUAACCUGUUUGAGGAGCUAUUGUGGCUUUAAUUAAAGAAUCCAUCAGUAGAUACCAUCACCAGACAAAAUAUUGAUUACGGACAUGUAUGACGCAGUGGAGGCUUUUCAGGUCAAGCUACAGGAGAGAACGGGAGUACCAGUUGAGAGUGGAAGUGAUUUAGAAUAGCUGUAAACUUACUGUCUCCACCCAAAUAUAAGACAACUAUUGUUAUAAGAUGAAUUCCCACUUUCAAAACUUUUUGCAAAAAGAUUCGUUGAAGACCAAAAAUGUAUUUAUCAGCAAUGAGAAAAAAAGAAAAAAAAAAACAAGAAACAAAUCCACUGAAAUGACAGGUUAUUGGUUUUUAAAAAGUCUUAUUUUCAAUGUUUUUAGAAAUGAAAAUAAUCUGGAGUCUGUUUGUGGAUGAUAGGUCUGCUAAUGGGGAUACCAUAACUGUUUUUGCUAACAGCCUUACUGUCGUGUCUAGUUCUAGUCAGCAGAGUCCGCCUGCUUCACAGAUGAUUGGUGCUGUACACUGUAAUAAUUAUUGACAGUUUAUUACUAAACCCCAAAUAUAAUAGUAUCCCUCUUUUCAGCUGUGUUUUGAGGAAAAGUCAAACAAGCACAAAUAAAUUAUUGUGAGGUUAUUAUCCUGUUGUUGGAAAUAAUUGCCCUGAUUUAUAGUAGUUGAUCAAAUAUAGAUAUGUUAUUAUUAGACUUGCCAAACGGUGUCAUUCAGAUUUCAGAGAAAAUUCUCUGUUGGCAGGGAAAGAUUGUACAAAAAAGGUGUAAAAGUUUUCACAUUCUUGCCGUGAAGAGGAGCGGCAUUUGAGGGAGUCUCAGGAUUAAAAUGAUAAAAAGGAAGACAAGGUGGAGAAUGCAGGUAGAUCAGAAUAGAGUUUGCUUUUUAUUUCUUUGUCAGCUUGGUUUGCUCCGUUUUUCUCUACCUCUUGCCCUGGAGGGAGUUCUGCUUAUUAGAGCAGUGAGCCCUGCAACCCCACAGGGAUCAGUGUCACAGCCAGACAGUCACACACACACACAUACACAGACACGCACAUACUCAAAGAGAGCAGCCAAGUACCCACACACAUGCAUACCCUUAUCAUCAAGCACACACCCUCACGCACACACUGAUAUACACGCUUUCAUCUCGCUGCUUUUUUGACAUCUCGUCCCUGGAGGGGAGCAGCUUAAAGAUGCACCUCUUCUCAAUCCCCUCCAACUUCCCGUGUCACCUCUACCUGAGUUUGCCUCCCUCUGCCUCUCACCCUGUCUCUCACUGCUCUGCUAAGCUGACAGGUGAUAUGAUGAUAGAAACACCCCAAACCUGAGGGUGGAUGGUGUGAGUCAGAUGGAAAGCCUCUUCAAACCUUGAGGGAAUUCUAUCACUCUGUUUCAGUUUGUCGUCGGAAACUUUGGGAAUAAUUUUAGGGAAUAUGCAUCGCGGAUGUGGCAUAAAAGAAAACAAAAGAAUGUCAAAAUGACAUCUUCUAAACUCUCCAACAUAAACAUUGUUUUUUGUUCAAACCAAGGAAAGAAAUAUGCUCCAUAUAGUUAUUAUUUUUUGGCAGUUUUCAGAAUUUCCUCUGAAGCAAAAAUGUUGCAUGAAUCCUUUGAUGCUCACAAGGAUCAUCAAUUUUGAGAAUAUCUCCCAAUAAUGUAUUGUAAUUAAUGUAUUCUAUUGAAACAAAAUUUAACUUGCAGUCAAAUAGAGGGGUAAAAGUAUAUAUUCAGACAAGGUUACUGCACACACCUUCUUUGAACAGCUCUUAAAAACACAGUGAUUUACACUUUUCCUUUUACAGUUCAUCUAAGAAAACAAAAAAUAUGUGGUUCCAAUUUCAUCUUUUCUGUUUAACAGUUGGUGACUGUCAGCUAGGAAAAAAAGAGAGCUUAAGAAGUAUUUCUCAAAACUACCACCAGUAUUCAGAGAGGAAAGCUGACUGUUAAAUCGUAUAAAUUGUAUGAAUUUUGACUUUACAAAACAUUUGAAAGUCCAGCUUAGAUAGAAAGUGAAAGUGGUGCAGAGUACCAUAAUAUUCUGUCUCUGCCUCUCCUUUUAUGUACAAUAAGUUUAGAUACGCUCUCUCCAUGAGAUAUAAAAAUGUUUGGUAACACUUUAUUUGAGGCCUAUGUCUGUAACGCAUUAUUAAUAUAUCUCUAAUGCAUUAUAAUCCCGUUAUAGCACUGUAUAACAGUCAUAACACAUUAUAAUACCUGAUCUUGUAACUCAUGAUAAAAUGCUUUAUAAUGUGUUCUGAUUAUUGUUAUAAAGCAUUCUGAUCAUUUAUGAGUGUUUAUAACUAUAGUUAUACAGUGCUAUAACGUGAUUAUAACGCAUUAUAUGUAUAUUUAUAAUGUGUUAUACAGAUAGGCGUCAAAGAAAGUGUUACCAAAUGUUUCUUUAUUUUAUUUUUCAUCAGAAGUGCAGAGAUCUACUACCCUGUCUAUUAUCAUACAUUUAUCCACCACUUGAUGGCAGUCUUGCAGUAGCAAAGAUUGCUUUUCAAAACUUGUCUGCAACAGUCACUUCUUAUUACAGUGUGUGUAUAAUGAACAAUGCAUCUUAAGGAUUUCAUUAUCACUGUCAAAAAAAAUCAUUCCUUAUACUCCGUUUCUAUCUGUUGCCUCUAACAGGUAUGCCAUCCCCCCUGAGCACGGGAAGAGACUAGAGCGUCUGGCUACAGGUAAAGGAAUAAUUAAUUUUCUGUUUGUGUUCUCUGUAUAAAAGGAGGCAGGUAAGGCAAUUGAAAAAAUUAUUGAGUUAUGAUUGCAGCAUACAAACACAACCCUGCAUUAAACAGCAAAGCACAGCACCAUAGUCAAUAAUAAACCCAGCAAUAAGAGGGCACAAGAGGCAAGGCUGCAGUCAGAGAUGCAGAAUAUGAAUGAGCUCUGACGGCUCCUUUGUGCUCAGGUAAACUGGAAUAAUGGGCAGGUGUGUAGACAAAACACUUUGGAGAAGUAGAUUCAGUUCUGUGAAUUACAUAUGGCACCAGAUAAAACUGAAUGAUCGUCAUAGUUAAUAGCUUGAAGAGAGCCAAGUUUGAAAGAACCAGGAGAUAACAAGGUCAGGAGAAAAAUACAUAUUUCGGAUAAUGUUGGUGGCGGCUAAAAAGGCCAUCACCAGACACUAGGCGAAAAACAGAUGCACCAAAAAUAGAGGAUUAGACAGAGGUAUGGAGAAGCUGACUUUCUCAUCUAGACUAAAACAGAUACUUUUAAGAACUACUGGGAAAUCUGGGUUGAUUUUUUUGUCUCAAUCAAGAGCAGACUUUGUGCAGUAAGGGCAUGGUGUAUGGUAAAUUAUUGAUCCCUCGGUUUAGGCUACAAACUUGUUCAUGGUUUGUAUGUUUAUUAUGUUUACACUCCAACAGGAGAAAAGGAACAAUGCAAGAGAGGUUCUAAAAAAGGACAUGAGUGAAAAGUGUUUCACUUUACUACACAGUUAUUCUACUGUGACUUUACUUGAGAAAUUUAUGCCCAACUAUGUCUCUGCUCCACAGUGGAGAAGUAUGCAAAUAUUCUAUACAGUUGGAAAUUUGUUCAGUAUGUGAAAAAUGUUGAUGUCACAUAGAUAUGUGAAAUCAAUAAAAAAGAAAAGAAAAGAAAAGAAAGAAAAGAAAAGAGCAAGUUUGAUUGAUACAGCACUGAUUACAGGAUAAGGGCCACCACAGAGGCAUUAUGGACGGCAACCCAAUUAACACAGUCAAGUGUUUAGAAAGUGAUUUGUGACAAAGCUUGAUUAAUCACUUAUUUUAUUCACAUUAAAAAAAUGUUGACUUCCAAAAAGAAAAAAAAUAGUCAGAAAAACAUGCUGUGCUAUGAUAAAAAAUGAUGAUGUUUUAUUGUGUCUGUGUUUUUUUCUUGCAUGACUUAUACUCUGUGUUUGUGUUUUUUGCAUGUUUGUCGUCAGGUUUCUUUCCUAACAGCUUCAAGGGCUGUGAAGCUUUUCUUCGUCACAAAAUGACUCUAAUCUCCCCUUCCAUACUUAAGAAGUAUGGCAUUCCUUUUGAUAAGGUAGGCACUCAGCCCCUCAAAAAAAUGACUCUCAGUUCUCGUCUCCCUGACGUUUUUACUGUUUUUAUUUACCAACUUUCAGAAAACGGCUUUUCUUGUCAUGUUAAUUAGCAAUGCUUGUUUUUGACUGACUGCAGAAAUGUCAAGUCAUUUCUGGAAAAACCUAAGUGACACUUUAGCAUUUUUGUUUUUCAAGUCUUCUAACACACCUACAUCUGCUUGUCUUUUUCAAUUGCCAGAUUACUCAGGAAGCUGGAGAGUUUAUGAUCACCUUUCCUUAUGGUUACCAUGCUGGUUUCAAUCAUGGUUUCAACUGUGCUGAGUCCACCAACUUUGCCACUGUGCGCUGGAUAGACUAUGGCAAAGUAGCAACACAGGUAACAGUCAAGAGAACGUGAACAUUUGGGUCGGGUUGUUUUUUGUCUUUUUAAGGGGAAACAUUAUUUAUUCUCAUCUUUUUUUUCCUAAUCUAGUGCACAUGUAGCAGGGACAUGGUAAAGAUCUCCAUGGAGCCCUUUGUGAAGCGUUUUCAGCCCGACCGCUACGCCAACUGGAUGCUGGGCAAAGACUCCACACCUAUUGACCACACACAUGCCACCCCCAGCACAACACCAGAGCUGCAGAGCUGGUUGCAGAGGCGGCGCAAGGCGAAGCCUACUAAUAAAGGGUACUGUAUUAACAGUCAGGCUGUGUUUCUUCUUCUUUUUCUCUUUAUUUUUUAAAGCCAAGGUUUUUCAGAGAAAAGUUUACUGCAGCUCACAGAGCUAGUGGGGGGUUCUCGGGGGUGGGAAAAUUGAGGUGAAUCUGAUAGCCAUAAUGAACUUCACUCUGUUGAAUAGAGGUUGAAUAGUUAUGGUCAGGAAUAUUUGCUAGCUGUAAGAAGAAAAACAUUCACCCUAAGUCAGAGGAUUGCCCUUUCUUCCACUGCCUCAAGGUUGUAACUCGGAGUGAUUGUGCGACCGUCUCCUUUGAUCCAUCUCUCUUCCUUACAGCAGCAGCCAGUCUCGUAUGCGCUCUAAGCGUCUCAGAACCACCGAAGAGCCUGUUGGCUUGGAUGGCGGCUCAGCUUUGACCAGCAGCAAGAGGAAAGGUCUGGGUGGUCCGCUUGGGCCCAAGGUUCGAAAAUCUGUGUCAGGGGCAGAUUGCAGAGAAGAGGAAAAAGAGAAGAAAAAAGAUGCAGAGACAAAGCACAACAACAAACUCGGCUCUUUCCAGCUACCUGGUAAGAGACUGACUUAUGGCACUUUUAGCAUUUAGGUGAAGAGCUGGCGUUGUAAUUAAUAUUUGUGUGCUGGGUUUUUCUGUGUUCCUUUUUGUGACUUUUAGAAAUUUCUUUAACUGAUACGUAUGAAAAUGUUCUGUUGUAGAUUUCACAUGUUUUUUAACCUUCUAUUCCCAACAGGUCCUUGUAGGCAGAUGUGUGUGGUCAAGGUGAAUCGUGUGGAGAGUAAUAGUUUGGGGUUUUCCACCAAGGGACCAUCUCAGAACUCUCCUCGCAGCGUUUCUCCCUCCUCUGUUGCCGCAGUGAAGAAUGACCUAAAGGUAGAGACUGACACUCAUAUUGACCCUCAACACCUCUCAGGGUCAGGGGUCACAAGCAGGACUCCUGAUGGACUCAGACAAUGCCCUGAGGCUACCCAGAUGCAUCCUGGCAUUAAUGAGUCAAGGUGUCAGUCUCCAGAUCCACAAGACCUCACAACUCCUCAGGACUGCUCUAUCGGGGUGCUUUCCCCAGAGACAAACAGACUCAGCUCACCCCCCCACACAUCAAGCACUUCUGCUGAGACUGAGACGAGCUUGUGUCCCUCUUCCUGCGAAGCUCAGAUGUCUGGUUCCUCGUUUAGAGAAGGCACUUUAAACCUAAUGCCAAACACUGACAGCCGCUUGGGUAUAGGUUCUGAGAAUAACACUAACAGCGCUGCUAAAGCAGAGAAAAUGGACACUGGUGUUGAUCCAAAAUGUAUCAAUCCACACUCCAGUACAGAAGCACUUUAUGAUGUAAAAGCUGAGCCAGUCGAGGGGAAUGGUCACGUAUCACACGGCUCCUAUUCCAAUUUCCGUUCAGAAAAAAGCAGCACUGAGGGAAAUCUUUUCCCUCCUCUUCUACAGAGGAAUGCAGUGGAUAUGCCACAACUCACACCAGAGCCAGCAGAUAAGGUUGGAAUUUGCCCUUUGCCACCCGUACUGACACAAGAGAUGCCCUCCCUCACCCCUGCAGAUGAUGGGCUGUCUGACUCUGCAAAAUGUAGACUGUGCAGCGACCAGGUUGCACCCGUGCUUGAACGGCAGACACCAACUGGCUCUCCGUCCUUGCAUGUAGCCAAGCAGGAUCCGAGAAAAACGGACUCAAUGACGUCAAAAAAACCUCUCACUGUAAAACAAGCCAAAAACUGGCAUCCAGAUUCUCCAUAUGGCUGCGAAGCUGCAUCAGUAUCUGUUUCAGAGGGAAGCCCAGCUCAUUUAACGACCAGUGCUAUGCGCAAAAUAUCAUCUGAUGGCGUCCAUGAAAUGCUAAUAGUAGCAGGAAUUGCUGCAGAGAAGGAUCAUACCAAGCUGGAAAAUGUAACUAAUGGACAGACUGAGGCUUCCUCUUGCCAGCUAGUUCAAAGCACUUCAUCAGGAACAGAGCAGCAAUACAGCUUAGCAGAGUUAGCAAAUAGAGACAACUCAAAGGACCCAGCACAAAGAGCCAGUGUGGUGAAUCCGAGCAGUGCUGCUUCUCUUUUAACUGGUUCCUCCAACAAUAAUCCUCCAGCCCCUUCCCCUCUGUUAUGCACUCAGAGUGACAGUCACUCAGCAUCAGGACUGCACCACAACACUACAUAUUCCCUCUCACAUUGUACUUCCCAGAACUCAUACAUAGAGCCCAAACCUUUCUCCAGCAGCAUCUGGAAAAACUUCAACUCCCAGAGUCCCGCAGUGCUCAUCCAAAGUCUGAACCCAGAGCUCCCCCCUGACUUCACCCACGAUUCCCUGCCUUACACUAUGUGGACUGAACCUCAAUGCAAAGAGGUCACAGACCUGGAUGACCCACAACAAGACCUCCGUGAGUCAGACAAUCUAGAAGAGGAGGGUGGGACUCUCACCUGGGCCCAGCUGGAGCCUACCUCUCUAGUGUCUGUUGGUGCUGUUGAGCCCAUGGGGAUUUGUGGAGAUUAUGAAGUCCACAGAGGGGAGACAGACGGGUCAGAGGCGCUUUCCUUGUGCAGGGAGCUGGAGAGACAAAGAAAUGCAGAGGAAGGUCUCCACUCGGAUACCUCUGUGUCACCUCUGAGAGUGGGUACAGAAGGACAGGACGAGGUGUCUGAUAUGGAAGACGGGGGAUCUGACGGGGAAGAGGUGGAGCAGCAAAGUAAUACCAAAGGAGUCAGUAGUAGUGAGUCAUCGGAUGAGGAAGAGGAGGAAGAGGAAGAGGAAGAAAAUGGUACAAGUAACUACGAGUGUGAUGAAUUAGGUCUGGAACCUGGAGAGGUCUGUGCUGUGAGUGCUCUUCUUCUCUAUCUCGUCACACGUAUUCAGUCUGAGACUCAAGUGUUUUUUUAUAAAUAGAGGUCUUUUGCUCUCUAAUGCUUUUCAUUGACGCCUGCUCAGCAGUACCAGGCGCUGUCAGUGAAGAGGACCACUAAGAGCUGGCGUCACCCACUCAGGAAACCUACAGCACGGGCUGUUCCCACCGCUGUCAAACAACAAGCCGCCAGUGACGACGGUAGGCACACAAACACGCAUACACACGAUAUAUUCACAGAGUUCAUUUAAAGGUAUCAUGAAGUCCUAACCUUUAAAAGACUUUCAGAAAGCGUACAUACUGUAUAAGCCAACAGCAUGCUCAUUUUUAAAAAACCCGUGGGACAUUUCCUGUUGUGGUCGGUGCUGCUUUGUGGAUGGCACACGACCAGAAACAAUAUUUCAUUGACUUUGCUUGUUGCAUUGCAGCGAACAUGAAUACACAAUCCAUAACUCUUUGGCCCAACGACGAUGACUUUCUACUUUUGGGACGGUAAUGUAGCCAGGGGAAAAAAAAAAAAUCUCAGAAGGAAUGAAAAUGAGGAUUAUAACUUGGCGAUGGCGUUUACUCUAAACUUUUAACAUUAAGUCAAGUCCAGUAAGGUUUUUGUUCCCCCGCUGGGUCGCUUUAUAACAGCCGAACCAUUCCACUUUGCGGUCCCCGCUUCCUCUCCCAAUUUUUCACAUUUUAUGUCUUUCCCAAAUGAUUCAUCUGACGUCAAUGCGCCCAUAAACCAAACAGCUUCAAUUCUCAGGCCUACCACAGUAAAAUGAGCUGGUGAUAGAUGCUCGGAUUUGUUUUCAUGAUUUUUGACAGAGAGUGUGUGUGUGUGUGUGUGUGUGUGUGUGUGUGUGUGUAUGUGGGUGGGGUGGGGGGGUCUAUAAUUAAUAACAACUAAUGCACACAUACACAUGCAGUCACAUUUAACUCUCCAUGGUUGUGAACAAAGGAUGAAUAAUUCAGCAGCCAUUCUGCUUGUUUUUUCCCUGAGUGAGAAAUGACCAUGAAAUGUCCAUGGCUGCCAGGAGCUUAUUUUAUAAUGACGACAACCCUUUAUUAUUUUGGCUAAUUCCCUAAUCAGACAGGCUCCCAUUCAUUUCAAAUGCUUUUGAAGACUCGGGAGGAAAAUUUCCCCCACGUGAAUAAAAAAUACCUGACUUUACUAUAUCACUGUUAGCUUUAAAGUAAAGAUGAAUGCCACGUUACUCCUCGUAUCCAAGUGGCAAAACUGCUUCAGAACAUUAAAAGGCUUAACUUACAAAUCACCAGGAGAAGAUUUUGCACUCUGUAUGGCAUGAACCUUCAUCUGGGCUUUAGCAGAGGAAGCACCAGCUGCACGGAUUAGUGAGUUUUUGUUGUGUCUCUAUUUAGAGCCCACUGAAGCAAACCUGGCUGAGGAAGAGGAGCAGGAAAUGGAAGCGUGGGCGAGGCCCCUCGUACACCUGUGGCAGAAUAGAAAGAGCUGCUUCACGGCGGAGAGGGAGUACAACGCUCAUGCAGCGACAAUGCAGCCAUACUGUGCUGUGUGCACACUCUUCAUGCCCUACUAUCAGGUAAAAGGAAGCUCAGCUCAGGCUGUUAGCAGUGUCAUUAGAUGAAUGUUUGAUACUAAAUCUAUUUAAGUUUAAUUAGUGACUUUAUUUAGCUAAAGCACACUGAAAAAACAUGACUGCACCUUGUUACAACAGGAAUCAAUACAAGCUGAUCACUUACUGUUGAGUUCUGUUCUUUCACCCUUUAAGUGCCCUUUACAUAGACCUUGUAAUGUCUUGUUUGCCCUUCUGGUCAGUGUUUACAAAGUCAUUUUUUACCCUUAACCUUGGCAAUAUUUCCAGAGACACUAAACGCCUGUUCUUGGACAAACAGGAGAAACUGUUUGAAUUUUUUUAAAUUAUCUUGUCAUCUUUUUUUCCUUGUUUAUUUUAUCAGUUUGUAACCUCUGAUGAAAUGACUUGAUGAAAAAGGUUUUUCUUUUGUCUAUGGUCGUUCUGGUUUGAUGUGUUUUUUUAUACAACAAUGCUGCAUUAGUCUCUUCUUUAUCAUGAGAUCAGGGCCUCAUUGAGAGGAGAAGUAGUUUGCAAAUGUUUGCGUAAAGAUCUAAGUAUGGGUUUAUUAAGCUUAAAAUGAAUGAAGGUUGCCAGUAAGAAAAGGUCUCAUGGUUUCCCCAAAGCUUUUAACUGAACUUUUUUCCCUGUUAAUCUCACGUAAGUCGUCCCCUAAAACACUCUAAAGGGGUUUCAUAUUUCUAUUACCUGCCUUCUUCUAACAUUAUUUUUAUCAUAUCUCAUUCUUUUAGUUUUCAGUUUUAACUCCAGUGUUUCCUUAGGGGGGUCCUCCACACUGGGAGUUGUGUCUCAGCUACUGCUGGGGGCGCUGUCCCCGGGUCCCUUCAGCCCAGCUGGCUGUUGUCUGCCGGGUCGAGGGGCCUGGGCGCUAGUGCCCCCUGUGGCACAGCCUGCGACUCCUCCCAGUGUGGAUGGCCCCAAAGAUGGUGCUUCCUCAAUCCUCAGUGUCACGCCAUGUCUUCCUAUUGUCAGCAGUGAGAGUGUCCAAGUGCGUGUGUGUAUGUGUGCGUGUGUCUGUGUGGUGUGGAGGAUGGGGCUUUGUUUGUAAUUGUUUUUUCUAUGUUUCUAUUUUUCUGUGUGUGUAGAGCACUUUGUGUUGCUUUUCCAUGCAUGAAAAGUGCUCUAUAAAUAAAGUUUGACUUGAUUUGAUUUGAUUUGAACAUUGAGGUGUUCUCAAGGAGAACAUGGAAAUCACCCAAAUGUUUCUUUUUUUAGGUUGAGGACAAAGUUGAGGACAAUUCCCCUCUCUUUUCCACGGAGAACUCCAAAUCUUCACCUCCAAUGGAGGGCUCUACACAUCCCUGUCGAGAUCUGAAACGGACCAAACCCCUGGUUCCUGAGAUCUGCUUUUCUUUUCGGGAGCAGAACUGCCCUCCGACACCCACAAACCAUCUUUUGCAGGAAGAUGGGACCUCCCCUUUGCUGUACUGUCAGGGCUGCAGCCUUCAAGUCCAUGCAAGUAUGUACGCAGAUGGGGGUGGAGUGUGAACAUGACAGUGUGUGUGUUGAGAGAGAGUCUAGUUCAUCCUGAGGUGAAUGGUAGUUUUGUACAUACAGAAGUAGUUUAUAUUACUUAAACUUUCAUCACCUACCUCACCAACCUCAUUGUUUGUUUCGACAUGUUGUGCUUGUCUCUCUGAUGUCACUACGAGAGGUUCAGCGGGUUUAUGUCCUGACUCACUCCAAUUCAAUGUUCCAGCCCCCCUCUCUUUGUGGUUUAGAGUAUUUUAUUUCUCUUUUCAGCCCAAUGAGGGUGAAUCCUCUGUCUCCACCACAUAUACUUCCUGUCCAAAAGCCCCAAGCAUGUGUAUCAAGCCUUCACACACACUCUUUAAAAUCCCCGGAGCCUCUCAGCUCCAUGAGACACAAUACAGCGUGUUUAUUCUCAAACCCUCAUUCACACACUGUAACAACCCCCAGAUCUCUUUCUCAAUCCAAACCUUUUCUUCUUUUUUUGCCAGUAUUUCAGGGUUUCGGCCAGCUCUCCACAAACUCAAACACAAUUUUUUUUUACAGUCUCACACACCAAACCAAGAUCCACAGCUUUGAAAUAACUUCUCCCGGAGUCACUUUCCAUCCCUUAUACUUUCUUACCACUAGUGUUGAUCCCACCUUAUUUUUUACUCUGAAGUGUUAUCGUGUCGUGUAGGAACUACACAUGUACUUGAUUCGUGUGAGUGUGUGGAGGUACCGUAGUGGGGGAGUCAAUGAUGAAGUUUCUGUCAUUCGACACUGAUGGAAAAGCCACAAGUUUAGUUCUGAGACCCAACAAUAAGAAGAAGUUAAUGUUGCUUUCCCUCUGAGCUGUUAUUUGAACUUGGGAACGGAAAGAGAGGUGAGCUUGGAUUUUAUCUUGGGUUUUUGAUGGAUUGUGGAGAAAGAGAAUAAAGACGUGCAUACAUAUACAGAUUUCGAGUGUUUCUUUCAGAUAAAUUCCCUACAGCUUGUGUUUCUUAAAACCUCUAUCCAUUGGAAGUUAACCAGCUGCCUGCUUUGAAAAGAUUCACAUUUAUUUUACUUUUAAAUUCAAAAUUUGUUUUCUCGCAGAGGCCACCAGGAUUUGUUUUUCUUUGAGGAAACAUUUACGCUCUCCUGCCACACCAAGGACACAGAAGAACUAUUCAUAACAGCAUUUACACAAAGUGCCUGUUGUUUUUCACACAAUGUCUUGUUUUUCUGCGACCGUCAGCAGUGUCAGCUGGGUUACGAAGGGCUGAAACGAAAGCACCAUGUCACACCAGCACAAGUCUGACUGUCAUGCGAGUCGUUCUUUAAUACAUAGCUGAACACAUAAACAGAUGUUAUCAAAAACACAUAUGCAUGAAUGUACCUCUUCCUCUCGUCUGCAUUUCUCGCUCAGCCACAACCAUUCUCCUACACACAGACGCACACAGACACGAUUACCACAGAGGGCUCCAUUUCCACUUAGUCUGCAACACUGCAGUUCUGCAUGGAACAGUACCAUCGCUCUGUUUAAAUCUGUGGAAACAAUGUGGAUGUAGCAGUUUACUCCGUCUCUUUGUAAGUGAUGAUGGAAUUACUGUUUGUUGUCAAGUCUGCUGUUUUCGGUCAAUGGUUCACUGAUACUCGUGCCACGAAGCAGCUCAGCAGUAUUUGAGUGAGAGUGAGGAUCUCAACUUUCACAAAGCUGGUCAUUCUUGGAUCAUUGUCUGACAAUCUCUUCCUCCUUCAGGUUGUUACGGCGUUGCUGCAGAUGACAUCAGCAAUCAGUGGUCAUGUGAUCGUUGUGCAGAAGGAAGCUUUACAGCAGUAAGACCCUUUUUCUUCCAGUUCAAUAUCAGUAUUCGUAGAUUAUUUACAGGAGUACCAGUAUCUGCAGAUUCGUGCCCCGCUGGUCGAUGACAGCUGUGUAAAUUCUGAAAAUGGAGUUUGUCCAAGUCUGUGUUUGUAAAACACGCUAUGGAGGCUUUAUGAGGUGGAUACAUUUAAAGGUUGUUUUGAAAUUUUAAAAUUGAAUUUGUGGUUUCUCCAGCGGAGUGUAAUGAAGACCUAAUUGGCUAUUAACGGUGUUUUCUCUUUUUGGGUCCCUAGCACAGAUGGGGGAAGUGAUUACAACAAAAAUAGGACAAGCAACAACAGUUAGUUGUUUGCCAUCAUCAUAGCUAUAUUAUAUUUGAUAAGAUCAGAACUCAAAAAAAAAUAAAAAAUAAAAAAUAAAAGAGCAUCCCUUGCACUCCCAUUUGGAAAAAAAAAAGAGAUAAGACAUGAUUCCUGUCAGACAUAUACCAAUGUCAACACUGUGGGAGAGAGUGGGGUAAGAUGAGCCAUUUUUCGGAUCACUACAUCAAGGCAAUCAGAGUUUUGUCUCUAACUAGUGUAUCUGUAUAUAUUUUAAGAUGUUGUGCAUUCCUGCAAACCAACAGAAUGAGUGUAAACAGAACUGUCUUGAUAAUAUAGCAUGCCAAAAAAAGUGGUCUCCUAAGUAAGUUGAGCUGUAUCCCUUCUACCCCCCACUCUCCUCCCAACCUCCACCCCAGCCCUCCCUCACCUUCUCUCUCUCUAUAUAACAGUCACUUCUUUGUGUUUUAAUAUCUAUUAUAUGCUAUUCAACUGGUACAAUAACUUUUUGUAUUAUUAUUGCUAAAAAGCUAUCUUGUAUAAAUCCAUUUUAACAUGAGAAUGUCUUUAAGUGAUUCAGAACAUUCACAGCUGUAUUUUUGAAAAGAAAAAGUAAAACAUUUCAACAAUCUGAACUGAAACUCUGGCUUAUGACUUUAUUAGUCCUCUAAACUAAAAUGGUGGACUUUUUUUUGACCCCAUCUUGUAGCUCAUAGAUACCACAACUGAUGUAUAAAACAAAUUUAAAAUGAUCUUCUCUGGUCUGAAAACAAUUCUAAUAAAACUAAUGACAGACCAAAUUCACUUUCAAGAGUGAAAAAUGUUUUUUGUUUUUUUUGUAAAUAAAUGUCUAACCUCUUCACCCAUGAGCUUCUAACCUUCACAGACUCCAUGAAUUGAUGCCCAUCUCCUCAAUAUUUGGUCACAUGAUCAAUUUCUUUUACCAUUUCCAAACAACAGGGGUUGGCUCAACUUACCCUUUGGUUCAUCUUACUCCACUCUCCCCUGCAUGUUUUUAGCCCGUUAGGAAUCUAAUACUGCUAUUUAGCUAACUCCAAAGAUUUCCAUGAAUUGGACCAGGUGUUGGACACUCAUUAAAUGAGAAUGUUUUAUACAACGAUUUUCUUAUGAAAGUCAUUUUUCUCUCUUCACGACCUGUUUGUUUUGUUGUUUUUUUUCUCAGGAAUGCUGUCUGUGUAACCUCAGAGGUGGAGCUCUGAAAAAAACCCAAAAUAACAAGUGAGACAUUCUUUUGUUCAGUGAUUAUCUCUGCACACUCAUCUCUGAUCUCCAGAGCUCAGACAAAUGAACUAUCUCUGCAUCAUCUUCUUCAUCAUCAUCAUCUUCAUCAUCACCGGUUUGUAUUAAUUUGUUUUUUUGUGUGUGUGUUUGUACAAAGAUGGGCCCACAUCAUGUGUGCAGUAGCUCUCCCAGAGGCCAGGUUCAGCAACGAAACCAAGAGAGGUCCCAUUGACACCAGUAGGAUCCCUAUGCAGCGUUAUAAACUGGUGAGGACACACACACACACACACACACACACACACACACACACACACACACACACACACACACACACACACACACACACACACACACACACACAUGCAGUGCUGGAAUUCCCCAGGUCCUCGAGGACUGGCUUGGUCUAAUUAAUGAAGUGUUCAUAGUUCUAAUUAACAAUGUGAGAUGAACAUGCCUGCAAUCAAAGCUAGAUAAUUAACCACUGGUGGGUGGGAGUGGGAGUGGGGGUGGGAGUGGGGGUUUGGGUGUAUGAAGGGAUGUCUGUGAGUGUGUGUUAGUCUCCACAUGUGUGAUUUUGUGUCUGUCUGUGUGUGUGUUUUUGCAUGCAUUAGUGCCUCAGUUGUGUGUGUGUGUGUGUGAGAGAGUAUGUUUGCUUAAUGAGUGAGCUCGAGUAUGUCUCAGCAGACCUGACAUGUUUCCAAUACAGCCAGCUCUUUGCUUCAGGCGCCGUGAUAGCUCAGCAGAAGUGAAGAGAGUGCCGGAGAGGUGCAUCCGAACACAGGAUGAGUAACAGAGAUUAAUACGGUUUCUGCUCAGCUCAAAUUGUCGUUGCAGCAAUAAGUUUUACAUGUUCCUGAAAGGUCCACAUGUGACUUUGAAUUUAAGAUUAGUUAAAGCUCUUGGAAAAACACCCUCACAAAUAAUGAACAGAAGGGUCCGUUUCAUAUCACAGCCAGAUGUUUAAAGACCCACUCUGAUGAAAAUCAUGUUUUUCUUGUUGUCUACAUGUUCAUAUGGCAUUUUUCUGAUGCUACAGGACAUGUCAUGCGAAAAAUAGGUGCGAAAUUGCAUUUCUGAUUAUUUCUGCAUUCAAAUCGCUGUGAAUCUCUGGCAGACCCAAACGGCAGGUUCUGAAACAGUUAGAUUUCUUAUAUAGCAAAUCCAAGCUCCGCCCCUGGAGCAAUGCUUGUCAGAAAGCUAAUUAUGAUAUUAGCUUUCUUUAUGUCCCUAAUGACAUUUGUGUUCAAGAGCUGAAUAGCUCAUAUAUAUAUAGCUCAUACCUGCCACUUCUACUACACCGGCAAUGUUAGGCUGCAAGCUGACGCAAAGAAAGUGUGCAGAGCAGCGCUGUCUCCGCCCACGACUCAGAGGCGAAUUGCUAAUGAGCUACUGGAGCUCUGCAGAAGAAAAGCCCUUGAAAAUGACACAGGUAACGUGAUUUUGGCUGAAAACUUCAUAAUCACAAUUUAAAGACCACUGAGAACAUUUUAAGUAGUAAAAAAAAUGAUCGAAGUACUUGAUGACACUAGUAUUUGAUGUAUUUUAUUGGCAGUGUUGUACACACAGUAUUGAAAGUCCCGCUAACUCCUUGAUUCCACAACAAGUCUAAGCACUCUGAAGUUGAUCUGCGCUGACUCCAGUCAAUGCCUGUUUUCCCACAGGGAGCCCUGCAGCUGAUCUACGUCCAUCCUGAAAGCAUCAGCUUUGGAAAAGCGUAGCAGUUGUCUGUUGUCAGGAUGGUUCAGCUUCAUUCUUAGUAAUAAUCAUGGUUACACGAUCAUCAUAAUUGUUACAUAUUCAUUAAUCUUUCAUAAUAUCUAGUGUGAAAAAUCACACGUUAGUGUAUUACUUAUUGCUCCCUAUUAAAAUAGAACCAGAACAGCAAUAAAAAAAGAACAAAAUGAUAAAUAAAAACAAAGAACUCAAAACUUCCUAUCAGGAGUAAAAAACUUGUAAGAGAAAAACUUGUUUGCUUUUUGACUGAACAGUAUCUACUCUUUGAAGCAUAAAUGAUACUGUAAAUCUGAAAAUAGACAAGGUUCAGGUUUAUAUUAGAGUUGGGCCUGUAACUCAAAAUCUCCCUAUCUAUGAAGUUGAGAGUUCAUAUUUUACGACAGAGUGAAGGCCUUAAGUGAUUCACUUAAGGAAACGUUGUCCAUUUGAUAAUACAGUGAAAUAAAAAGACAUGUAUGUAUUUAGACAAAAAAAAAAACGGGGGUUAAAGACCUCUGUCUGCAUGGCUCUUUCAAGCAGUAACACAAAAUUGCUCGGUGGUUUUAGUUUGUGUAUUUUUCUGCGAGACUAGAGUAGAGAACAUGGGAAUAUGGUUAAUAAAAACAAAUCUCAUCUCUGCUGUCUUUUAACUGGAGCAGUAGAGCUGCCUUGAAAAAUAAAUAAAUGGAAAGAAUGAAGUUGAUUGUAACUAAAAUGUACAGUAUAUGUAUAUUUAAUUCCCUGCCAACUCAGUGUUAUAUCAAGUAACUUGCUGCCCACAUAAAAUCCCUCAUUUUUUAUGGGUUACCUCCACUUGAGUGUGUAUUACUCAGUGGUAAUCCUCCAGUUCAGUGUGUUCUGCCCUGUAGCUGCAAGUUUAUUCGCAGCACAUUUUGCAGUCUGGUGAUCAGCAGUCGUUAAUUACUUCUUGGUCUUUCUCUGUGUUCCUAAAAUGCUCCCACUCUGUUUGGCCCCUGUGGCAUUGCCUCCAUGUACCUUGAUUAACACGUCACUGUAAGCUGCAGCCUCUACCAUGAAGCAGGAAAGGUUUUCAGAGGUUCUCCUUUUGCCAGGGUGGAUCACUGUGGUAACUUAUGCUGAACUUCUAACCCGCUCAGGGGCAGGCUAUGUUCAGCUUAGGAGAUCAGGUUGUGAAAAACUCCACCAACUGAGCAAUCAAUUUUCUGGAUCACGGAGCAUUGUACUUCCCUGACACUGUUCGUCAGCGGGGACUGAAUAGAUUAACAUCAGAGAGGUGAGAUAUAAAAUUAGAUGUAUACUUAUUGCUUUGAAUUACUUUCAUUUUCCAUUUUCAUCUGUAUUAUCUCUAGGUUGCUCCCUUGAAUACUGUCAGGACUGCUGCUGCUAAAAUAUUACAUCUGAAACUGUCAAACCCACUACAGGAAUAAAUCAGAGCAACAAAACUGUUAAAGCGAAGAAAUAGGAGUUAUUGUUGUCGCUGCUUUUGUGCGCUAUUGAUGGGAAAGGGAUAUCUGAAGUCUUAAAUUGUGCGUUUUUACUCUUGAGAUUUUUCUUUCAUCUGCCAGCCCUUUAUUUAUUUUACAAAUGCAGCGGUGUCGAUUGUAGAGAUUCUAGAGAUCAUGCGUUUAAAUUUGUUGUAUUCGAUCGCUAUCAUUUGCUCUGGGUUUGAAAAUUUUGAUGAUGCGCUGAUGGCAAAUUCAAGCAUGUCGCUGUGAAUGUAUUCUUAGUAACUCUGCGUUGACUUUUCAGUUUGAUAGCCAGCUUUGUGCAACUUUAUAGCAUGAUCUGUUUUGUCAGAGUGAGUGAAACCUGACAAGUAAAAGCUGCUGGAGGUUCGUUAAACUGCCAAACGUAACUUAUGCUGCGUUCCAGUUACCUCGGAAGUCGGAGCCGGGAAUGACAUCACACCUGAGUUACCAGAGUUCCAGUUUCAGUUUCAGUUUCUGGACUGCAUAUUUGUCCAGAAGUUCCUUAUAUUCGGACAAGGCAAUCAGUAAAAUAACUUUUGUAGAUGUAGCCAUCGCGUGUCCGCCUCCGACUUUUUUUUCCGACUUGGUUACUAAAAUGCUGGUAACUCGGUUGUGACAACAUUCCCAGCUCGGACAUCUGACUUCUGAGGUAUCUUGAACGCAGCACUAGUUGUUGUUAUGCUGCGUUCGAGUUACCUCGGAAGUCAGAUGUCAGAGCUGAAAAUGACGUCACACCUGAGUUCAGAGCGUUUGAGUUACCAAGUCGGAAAAAAGCUAAAUCAGAGGCCUGGAACAAGAUGGCUACAUCCACGAAAGUUAUUUUAGCGCUUGCCUUAUAUUUGGACAAGGCAAGCGCAAAAAAGAAAGGACUGCAGCGCUAAAAUAACUUUAUUGGAUGUAGCCAUCUUGUUUCCGCCUCCGAUUUUACUUUUUUCUGACUUGAUAACUGAAACACUGGUAACUCGGGUGUGAUGUAAUUUUCAGCUCAGACCUAGCUAUACCAGUUAUGAACAACGCAUAAAACAGUCGCACUUUUAGAUGGUGACAACAGAAACCCUUUGUGUAGUGGAGCCUUCAUUAUUAAAUAUCAUGACGUUUUAAAGCGUGUUUAAUGGUGAAACCAGUUAAUUGCUCAUCUUUAUUUUCUAGUAUGCUGGUCACAACUCACAAGUCCGUCAGAUUUUAAUAGCAUCCCUCUUUAGAAGUAGUUCCAGUGGGGUAUGGCGCUCGGUCAGACAGCAGAACUGUGGCGCAGAUGGCACACAUGCUUGUUGUAGAAUCAAGGAGAAAGUCCAAACCUUUUCAGGGAAACAAGAGAGCUCUAACUUCAUCCCAACUUCAUGAUAGUAAUUUGGAAUCAACUUCAUGGUCUAGUUAGAGGCAUUUGUAGCUUUUACUCGACAAGGUUAAGCCAACAAAAAAGUCCCACGUUUCAGCUGAGGAUUUUUGGUUCAUGCUGAUUCUUCCUUUACACGUAUCUCCCAAACAUCAUGAAGAACAUAAUCUCAGAACUCCUCAUGCAGAGUUUACUAUAUUUCUUUUAGAUACAAUAAACAGAUGAAAUCAUAAUUUAAUCAGAACAUGACUCUUUAGUUUCAGCUGAAAUUUUACACCGAGCCACAAUGGAACUGACCAAUCAAGGCUCCGACAUUGGCAUCCAUUCCCAAAUAGCUGAACGAAUGUUAGUACGCUGACACUGCAUGUGGCCGCUAUGUUGAUAUCCACAAUGUAUUUAAGUGGCUGUGGUUCAUAUCUGUGUGUAUAAUGUUGAAAGUACGCUUCUUUGGAUAAUGAUUCAUAAGCCACAAAAUUACUGUCCAUAUUCAUGAGCCAAAAAUCAUAUAACAAAAACAUUGUAUGCAAGAGGUCAUAAAAGUGUCUGAUAACCUCAAAAAGGCCAAAAUGUUCCAUAUUUCACAACCAGCUACAGGCUUUUUAUGGGACCGAGUUCUUCCAUCCCAAUCACAGAGCCAAGUUGAGGCCUCAUACCACAGAUUAUGUGGAAAACAAUCCAGUUUAUGUUAUUAGUUGAUCAUGUGGGGUUUGAUAUAGAGCGCCAUGUUUUUGGAGGAUGUACCAGAUCAAUCAACGACUGCAGUCAUUUCAGUCAGUCUACAUGACAACACAAAAUCUCUAUUUCCCUUUGCAACCUUUUCUCCAGUCAGCAGCACUCUUUGGUUUCAGUUCAUGACAAAAAAUAAAACAGAUAUUUCUAAAAAAAAAAAAAAUCCUUGUUAUAUAAAGAAAAUCUAUUUUAAAAAGUCUCUUAUAUGUGUAGUUAUUCCAAAAAAUCUGUUUCAGGGCUCGACAGUGUGACUGUUUCACUCACAUUUGUGACGAAAAAUAGAUGUGUGCGAAUUGUAGAAUGUAUUUAGGGACACAUGUGCUCAUAGAAAAAAUCAGCCAUAGCAACAAAUGUUUUUUCAUGUAAAUACCGCUGUGAAGUUAGUUUUAGGUUUGAUAUUCAACGAACAUUUACUGCGGAUCUACCGCUGACUUCUCACUCUCCAUAACUGGGAAUAGCAACAGCAGCGCGGUUAAAUCUACUCUGCACCCUCGCUGUCAACGAUGGGCGUUGAAUAAGGGACCAUCAAUAAAUUACCUGUUGAUGUUCUCAAAAAAGGCUGUUUUCCUUCGAUAGCUUUCAUGUCAUGCGACCAAUUGACCUAAAAUUGAUUUCAAAUAAUAGCACUAAUGUCGGUCAAUGAGACACACCUCUUUAUUUCCCUAAUUAAAUUCAAAGACAAAUUUUGAGCAUUUCCGUCAAAAGCUUCCAUGUCAUGUGACCAAAAGACCGAAAAUUGAUUUCCAAAAGACACACAUUAUUUGAUCAAUUUUCAUUGUGCCUCUAAAGUUCUUUUUGUGCUCCUUACUUUUUCUAACAUAGGAGCACAUGUGUUUCUUAUGAAAAAAGUUAGUGUCAACCCCUGUGUUUCAUAAACCAGACAACUCUGACGGUGUUCAAAGUGGUGCAAAGAGGCGCACAGUGUCGCGCAAGCAUCAUGGCUGGUGGUGACCAAAAAAAACUUUGACACAUUAUCACGACACUGAUUAGCUCUUUACAUUUACCGCUGCAAACACAUCUCUUAUUAAAGAAGAGGUUUUAUGUAAGCCCCUUUGUACACUGUGCCUGGCUUUGCCUUGAUUAUGCAUUAUUUGACACAGCAAAGAGCCGCUCCCUUCGUGUGCUCACACCAUGAUGUAAAGAUCCUUUGCUAUAGAUCUUUGAAACAGAGUUGCUGCUUACCUGACGUGUCAUCUGAGCGCGAUCAUGGAUGUUGUACCCCUCUCUGUUAUGUUCACUUCAUCAUUUGUUAGUUUGCUUCAUGAGCCACGUGUUUUCCAAGCUCGCAUUGGACCCGUUGCCCCUGCAGCAGCCCAGUCCAUUUAUAAUUUACUAUCACACAGUGCACACGCACACAUCUGUGCACACGUACGCAUUCAUUAUUUACUGUGAGAAUGUUCUUAACGCAUGGCUCAACACAGGCACCCAAAUACACCUCUGAGGAGGCACUGGAGAGGGGAAAGUGGGUUAGGCUCUCACACACACCAAUUCAAGCGCAUUUAAACAAAAUAAACAUAUAUUGGCAUACUUUCUUCACUUUAUGUCUCCAUAAAAUGCUUUUUUCAGAAAAGAACUCACAUCACUGCCCGGUUUCACACACACAAACACACACAUACACAUGCACGCAAUUCUCCCUGCACACUCUGGGUGUGUUGCAUGCCAGUCACAAUCUUGUCAAGCUGGCCUCAAUAGGUGGACCAGACACUGUCGUCCAUAAUGGAGGAGGUAUGGGAAAAAGCUUUCUGGAAUGUAGGCCAAGUUAGUCACUGAGAAAAGCGCUGAGUAGAAAAGUCCUCUCAGUUCAGAGUUAGAGGACCUGCGCCGGGAUAACUGGGUUUAUUCAUUUAAAAAAAAAAAAAAAAAACACAGUGACAAAGUUACAGAGUUUCUUGAGCCAUUUUAAAUGAAGGAUUUCCUUUGGCUUAGUCCGCUUAAAGGAAAAGAUGAGAAGACUUUUCUCUGAGUCUCUCUGUACACAAUCCUCCCUGAUCCUCACCUGAUAUCAGCUUAGCCGUCUUAAUUCAGAUGGCUGUAAAGGUAAAGCAAGACCCGCCUCACAGGUCAGAGCAUUUUGGUUAUAAGGGAAGAAAGUUCAAAAAGAAAAUAAAAAGGUUUUGCAUUUGUGUCGUUUCACCUUUUAUCCAGCAUCCAUCAAAUGCUCAGCUAUUCUUCCUUGGAGACUACAGACAUAAUUUCUCUUUAUAUAAUCAGGGAGUUAAAAUACCUGAGGGUUUUUUCUCUAAUAUUGUCGCUGCUCCAUACUCCCACGUGUGCCAUUUCGAUGCAUCAUGUUCCCCUAUGCAUAUGAUAAGAUAUUAAUGUAACAGUCUGUGUGUCUUCAAAGCCUUUAUAAGCCAGAAUCCACAUCUACAGCUAAUUCCCAGUUGAGCUUUCACACCGCUGAGGCACAUGCUCUAAAGACUCUGUCUAUAUAUAGGUGUAUUAUCUGUCAACAUAUAGAUAUAUUAGUACGGAUUCCCAGGAAUUAGACUGAUGAAUAAAUUGCCUUUGGAGAGAUGUGAAAAGGAAGAGAGAGGAGGACGGGGACAGGUGUUUUUCUAGGGGGGAUAGUGGAGGAAAUGGAGUGAGAUGGCAGGCGGGUGAAACCGGUGAAAAAAGAAAAGGGAGCGGGUGGAGUCAUAAUGGGAGGAUGUCGUCAUUCUUUUCCCUUUAGUGGGAUAGGGAAACAGAGGAAAUGGACUUGAUGGGCCGUUUGGUUCCAGGAAACGGAGGGGUGUUUGUGUCUGCAUGGAUGACGGCGUGCGUGUGCGGAUCACAUCCUCCAGUCUGCAGCGAAGAGAGCGCAGCGCUGGGUUUGUAGUGGAAACCUCAAGUGAUGUCAUCUGAUUGGUUUUAUAUGAGGCUUUCCUUGUUUUGUGCUCAGAGGAAACAUGUUAUUUCAUCACCGCCACAACUGCUCUCUCCCCCUUCUCAGUUAUUCUCUUCUCUGUUUCACCAACUCCAUCUCACAUAUUUGGAGCACAUGAGGCUUUCAAACCGAGCAAUGAUUCACUUAGCGGUCCUUUGUUUUUUAAUUGCUGUCAUUUUCCUUGAACCCGUUUUGCACAAAUUCCUCACAUGGAAUUAAAAUUUCUCAAUUUUUCAAGAUUGCAAAGUUUACACUGUUGUUACAUAACCUAAACUAGACUAGAUAAGGCAGACCAGAUAACAGAUGGUCUAAUAUAGUUUGCAAUAAAAAAUAAAAAGUCAACAAAGCUUUAAUAACUGCUCUGUACCUUGUUCUGCAUUUGCUGCUCUUGUUGUGUAAAUGUAUUUUUUUUAACUUAUUUACCAGUAUUUUAGUUUUGAGGAGUUAUUACCCCUGUUAAAUGAUUUUUUUUAAUCAUAGUUUGUAAGGGGAUUUUAAAAGUUAAUAAAAAUUGGUCACAUUAUUAAUCACCUAUUAAAAAUUCCAUUAUUUCUAAAAUGAAAAUGAACAGUUUAAAGUAAGUAGAAAUGUUAUUUCUGAGGCACCUUUUUGUUGAUUUACAGCUGAAAAUAGGACCCAAAAUGGAAAUAUUGUGAAAUCUUCAUCAUGGAAUAUUGUAUGUGUGACCUGAUUUUAAAGAUAGGUGUCUUCAGUACUAAAAAAUGGAUGUCGUCUGUCAGUCAGUGUUGAAUUUUGACUCCUCUCUCCUUCCUGUGUGUUCACAGAGGUGCAUCUAUUGCCGUAAGCGCUGUGCGGGGAAGCGGCAGGCCGGUGCUUGUAUUCAGUGCUCAUAUGGCCGGUGUCCCACCUCCUUUCAUGUGACCUGUGCACAUGCUGCAGGUGUGACAAUGGAGCCUGAUGAUUGGCCGUAUGUGGUGUCAAUCACCUGCCAUAGACACCAAUCACGGAGUUCAUCAGCUGUAAGUCCAAAGACAGAUGUCUGUUGAUCCAGGUCGUGCUCAUUUUCUCUGCAAACUAAUGGUCAGACUUUCAUGUCAUUGCUCGACGAUACACUGGGAUAAUUGGUCUAUUACUCCAGAUUAUUACCCUAGAUAAAUCGUGUCACAGGGUGAGCUCAUAGGGGAUCUUAAAAAGUCUAAAAAUGCCUUAAAUCCAAUCAUUUGAAAUUAAGGCCUUAAAGUGUCUAAAAUUCUCUUCAAAUCUCAUAAAAUGUCUUGAGUAUUAUUUUAAAAAUCUUAACUCUACUUACAAAUAAAUAACACGCCAUAGGAAUAAAGAUUGAUUUGAAGUAAAUUUCCCUUCAUGUCUUAAAUUGGGUCUUAAAAUCGGGUCUUAAAUUGGAUUCAUUACAGUCUUUAAAAAGUCUUUAAUUUGACCUGUUGAAACUGGCAGAGACCCUGUGUCAGCUGAUACUCUUGUCUCGUGUUGUAGAAGUGUUUUUAUGAAUGUUCCUCUACGUUGUUCUACAGUUUUGAGUGGUUAUAUGGUUUAUUUUACACUGUAAAUAUCAGUCUUCAUGUAAAAUUUAAGAAUGAAGAAUAAGCACAAUGAAAGUGUUAGUUUGAAAUGAUACCACGGUGGUCUUAAUUGUGCUCUCCGUUUGCACUAGAAGCAGCGAGCAUGCCAAGCGUCCAUCUCACUGGGCCAGACGGUGAUCUCCAAACACAAGAACCUGCGCUACUACAGCUCAAAGGUCACCCAGAUCAGCUCCCAGAUGUUCUACGAGGUCAUGUUCGAUGACGGCUCCUUCUCUAAUGAUACCUACCCCGAGGAUAUAGUGGUGAGAAGAUGUUUGAUUAGAGCCACGCUCAAGAGGUCAUCUCCCAGUUGCAAGAGGUCAUAUCGGCUGUAAAACCCUGUUAUUUUUUUUUAAAAAAAGCCCCACCUUCUUCUAGAGUAAGAUUAUCAGCUCGUAAAUGAUUCUUUUUCAUCUCCAGCCCUGUUUAAAUAUCUGAUGGCGUGUUUCCUCAAAACCCAUUUGAUUAAGCCGUCUCUUUUACUUCAAACCUUUAUGCAAACACUUUGAAUCUUAAAGGCCGUUCAAUAGAAAGAGAACAUCAAGACGACUGCUGAGUUUCAUGGAAACAGUAAUUUAUCAGUGACAUGACCAUUCUUAAACCCGUCCACUCUUAUCCAUUAUACAUUUAAUGGUUAUAAUCUUUUGUUCGUGUAAUUAUGGUAAUGAAUGAGUCUCACUUAGUGACAUAGAGAGAAAGAGGUGUGACAGACACAUCAACUGCUACAAUCCACUCAUUUAUAUUCAGUACUGAACCGCAGCCUUAAUAGACUGAACUGUUAACCGCUUUAAUACAUCAAAGAAGUGACUCCACUGAUAUUGAUGUAAAAACAAACAUCCAGUUAUACGAUUUUGUUCAUCGGGGCUUCACACAACUAACAACAAGUGUUUGUUUUUACUCGUUUCAAAGCGUAAUUUUUGCUUUGAAUUUGAAUAUUAUUCAAAUUAAAAAUAAAAAAGCCAUUGUGCUGUUAUAUGAGAGAUUUAAAAAGAUGCCAAAUGCCAAAUUAUGCCCCUUAAAUGUGGAAAUAAUGUGUUUUAGUCUGUCUGUUUUUCUUGAAGUUUCCACUGAUAUCGUAAAUAUAUACCAUAUACACUCAGAAAAAAGAGUUACUGACAUUAUGAUUAGUUUGAAAAUGAUCGGGAGAACUUUAUAAAAAAUGUCCAUUUUAUUGCUUUAGGUGAAUUGAAAAAAAGCAAAGGUCUAUGGUUUUAUCAGGGUUACUACGCAAGUAUGGAAAGUACGAAAAAGUAUGGAAGCAGUUUGAUCAAUUUCCAGGUCUUAAAAGGUAAAGUAUGGAAAAAUAUCUCUGUUUCCAGGCUAUUACCACAGUUCCAAAAUACAGUUUUCUAAAAAUAAAAAAGUAGGUAUUUCCAAUUAAAAUAAUUCUAAAAAGUAGGGUAUGGAAAAGUAUGGAAAUUCCAACUGUGUAGGAACCGUGCUUUAUUGAGCAAAAGGGUAAAAAUCACAUGUUCAUUUUCAAGAAACUGAAAGAGGCUCUUCUCAACAUCCGAGCGCUCACCUUGAAUUUAUUUUUUUAAACCUUUUUCAAGACAUUUUCACACAUUCAGCACGUAACAAGACCAACUUGUAUUCUCGUGUAUUUUAGAGCAGAGACUGCGUGAACCUUGGUCCUCCUGAAGUUGGGGAAGCUGUUAAAGUCAAAUGGCCUGAUGGGUUGUUUUAUGGUGCCAAAUACCUGGGAUCCAACGUCUCCUACAUGUACCAGGUACACACAAAUAUACAUUUAUUGUUGUUUACCACAGGAUCUUAUAGUCUUGACAAAUGGUGAAAGUAAAAGAGAGGCGUAUGACCCACAUUUGCAGAUUACAUCUUCAGUUGUAGGUCAAACAGAAGCAAACUUGUUGAAAAGAACAUCCGAAUCAUCGUGACUUCUCUGACGUAGAUAGGGUCCCCAGGUGUAUCUGUACAGGGGAACUGGAGAGUGAGAAAAACGGAAGAAGAUACUGGAGACAGAUUUAGAGAGGUGCUAAAGUUCUGGUGACUAAAAAGGUGGAGCGGGAGCUGAGAUGGAGGAUGAAGGGAGACUGAAAAGAGACAGAUACAGGAAGCGAAAGCUAUUUAGAUACAGAGGGAAGGCAAAUGGAGGAGGGGAAAGAGAGAGAGAGAGAGAGAGAGUGAGAGAGAGUGAGAGCCAGAAAAGAAGGAUGAGAUGGAGGUGACAAUCUGCAUUAUUCAAACUCACUGAAAUAUUCACUAAGCCAAGAGUCUUGCAGUUUCCACUUAAAGCUUUAUUUAGUAGAGCGGGGCGUCAACCAUUAGUUAUGCACAAAUGCUUCUGUGACGCACACACUGGGUUUAAGAGAGGUCACAAUUUAAAAAAUAGGCCAAACAAGAACUUUCCAUCGUCAAGGUACGUCCUGACAGAAGAUGAUUCCAGGUCGUGUUUUAGUUCAGGGUCUAUUUGCUGCUUGAAAACGGACAUUUUGUUCAAAGAAACUUGUUCUUAAGGACAGAAAGGAAACAUGAAUUUGAUUUUUUUUUUCAUCCACGCUUAAAGUGAGAGACGUUUUUUUUUUGUUCCGUUUCACCUUGUUAACUUUGCUAAAAAAAUUAAGAUCACUGUCCUAAAUUGUGUUUUUUUUUUUCCCUUGAUUAGAUUAGAGAAGAUUGAAAACUGCAAAUGUUUUAUUUAUUUAUUUAUUUAUUAUAAUGUUUAUUUAACAGGAACAAUACAUACAACAUUGCCACAAGAAGUGGAAAACAUGGUGCAUACAAGACGUCUAGCUUCAGCUAAUUUACAGUCUUUGUCCCUGGUCAGGCUUUAGUGUAGGAUAAAAUAUAUUAAAUACUAUAAAUGCUAUACUAUUUACUAUAAAUAUGUCUAACCUUACAUUAGAAGUAUUUAAAGUAUGGUUUUGCAAGAAGCAGAAAUAACUACCUGAUGUGCUCCUCUUCUCUCAGGUGGAGUUCGAGGACGGGUCCCAGGUUCUGGCAAAAAGAGAAGAUGUCUACACGCUCGAUGAAGACCUGCCCAAAAAGGUGAAACGUAGACUUGUAAGUAUUAGACUUACUGGUAAACACUAAACUUCAAACCAUAACUUUGUUACUUUGACAGCAAUACUUCAGUGAAAGUGUCAUUUUCCAUCUGGAACAUUUUAUUUUUUAAACUUAUUGCCGUUUUCUCGUGUUUUAUUUUUCCAGUCCACGGCCUCAAGCAUGCGUUUCCAGGAUGCCUUCUUUACCACACAAGGAGAGAGGAAACGCCAAAGGACACCCAACUCACGCUUCCAGAAAGACUAUGUGGCCCUGCCAGGCCUCCGUACAACUGCCAAAAGCACAUGGGAGCAACGCAGCCACAAAGGGAAAUGAAGUCAUGGGAGGAGGAUCGAUGACAACUGAAUGCACUGAAUGAACAGUUGAUGAUGUGGGGGGUUUGUGUGUGUGUGUGUUUGUGUGUGUGAAAGAGUGGUAGUAUGAGUGUGAAAUUGAGUGUGACUGUACGCGGGGAUCUUCUUCCACUUCAACUUUAAAAACACAACUUCCCUGUGAAUAAGUCGGAGAAAAGAUUGGGGGGUUAAUGGAUGUAAACAUGCGUGUGCUUGUAAUUUAAAGAUCAGUGACUGAAUGAUGUAACCGGCUGGACAGAUAUUCUGGUUGAACAAAUGGACUCCCAUCGAACGGGUAAACAACGGGCAUUGUUGCCUCAGUUGCCUCUCGCUUUCACAUCCGUCAGGGAAAAUAAAGUGUGACUUACAUUUGUCACGUCACCCUUUUUCAAACAUACAAGAACUUUUUUCUUUGUACAAAUAAUUCACAGGUGGGAUUUUUCUAAAAUAGCUCGCCUCUGGCGGCUCUUUUCGGGGGUGGGGUGGGGCGGCUGUUAUUCCCAGUUUUGAUUUGGAGUAUUUAUGCACUUUGCUUGUAGUAUUUCCCUCAUGUCUUACUGCUUUUCCCUGCAUGUUUAACACUGUCCUCUAACUGCUUCUGCUGGGCCAAGUCCAAGUACACUCCAAUGGCUUCCCCUCUGCACUGCUUUUGAAUCUUCAUUGACAAAUCAUGAGUGUAUUUUUAUUAUAAUUGACACUGAAGAAGAAAUCACUGUUAAAACAAAGAAGAAAUACCAAAUGGUUAGCAUUUCCUAAGAUUGAACAAAGCUUCAGACCGGAAACCAUGCCUGUGUGUUGGAUUCUGUGCCCUCUUAAUGUGAAAUGCUACUGUUGUUCAGUUUAAUGAAACACAUUGUUGAAAUUAUUUAAAAUUUGUAUUUAUUUUUGGCUUGCCAUAGUUGGAAUAUCGCUAACUGCUGUAAGAAAAACAAUAAAAAAUUACAUAUGUUUUUUUUUUCAGUAAAA